AUGCAGCCUUUGAAUGGUGAGCCGUCGCAUGCCGCAGAGUUCUACUCUUUUUUCGAGGCGCGCGGAGGCCAGGCGCAUAAUCUGCGAUACGAGAUUCAACUCCCGGCCAGCUUGCGUAAUUCAAGCAUUCAGCUGGUCUGCGUGGUGGGUACCUCAGUCGGCGCGGAUGACCUGUUGCUGAACGCUGUGAUCUAUGUCACCCUUCGAGCGACACCUGGAACCGUGGUGGGCAUGUCUUUGCACAGAUGUGUGCGCAGCCAUGCUUGCAAGCAUCAGCUGUCGGAGUACGGCAACCCCGCUUUGCCCUGCCCGCGGGCCGUGAAGGCCGUUCUGCUGCCCAGCCUGCCAGGAA